AAAGAGUUUCUUCGCUUUCCGAACCGUCUCAGUUGUCGGUGAGGCCGGCGGGGCGGAUCCCACACUAGAGAAAAUAUAACAAUAAAGCAACACAUCUAUUCUUCUUGCCUUAUCUGUGUACUGCUUUAACACCUUGCCCCCUGUGGAUAUAGGAUAUAAAGAUGCCCUCAGCAAUGAUUGGGAACAGGACAGUUCAGGCUGCGAGCCCAGAUGUGGGAUCCGCUCCAGCAUCAUUGGGCCAAAUCUCACUAGCGGGACAGUCGGAGGUUUUGAAACAGGUGCUGUGUGUCAUUGAGAAGAAGGUCCGCAACAUGGAGAAGAAAAAGGGCAAGUUGGAUGAUUAUGAAGCAAAGAAAAAUAAAGGGGAGCGUCUGAACCAGGACCAGCUGGACGCUCUCACCAAGUACCAGGAAAUCGUCAAUAACCUGGAGUUUGCCCGAGAGCUGCAGAAGGGCUUCGUCACGCUGGGGCAAGACAUCCAGAAGGCUGUGAAGAAGACGGUCCGGCGGGAGCAGCUGCAGCGUGAGGAGGUGGAGCAGAAGAGGCUGAAGAACGUUCUGGAGCUGCAGUACCUCCUGGACCGGCUUGGGGACGACUCGGUCCGUCAGGAGCUGAGGCAGGGGGUCGGGGGCUCUCCACUACUCACAGACGCGGACCUCAGCGCCCUGGACGAGUUCUACAAGCUGGUCGGGCCGGACCGGGACCAGAACGUCAGGUUGGCUGACCAGUAUGAGGACGCAUCUACGCACCUCUGGGACUUAAUGGAAGGGCGGGACAAGGCUGUGGUCGGAACAACAUACAAGGCGCUGAAGGAGAGCUUGGACCAGGUUCUGCUGAGUGGAUACUUCGACAAGGCUCCGGCCCACCAGAACGGAGUGUGUGAGGUGAGGGAGCUGCCACCGACGCAGCAGCAACAGGAGGUGGAGGAAGAGGAAGAGGAGGAUGAGGAAGAAGAGGAGGUGCCGGCGGGAGCCGCGGUCGAGCCGUCGGAGGUGCAGGAGCCCAGCGUUGAGCCAGAAGGAGAAGUCAUGGAGUACAUAGAGCCCAUCGAGGUGGAAGCCACAGAGUUUGUAAACAGACAGUUCAUCCCAGAAGGUACAUACCGGAAUAAUGACAAAGAGCAGGCGGGCGAGUGGGCCGCCGAAACAGAGGCCGUGGUCGUCAUGCAACAGCAGCAGGCGGUGAAGCCCCCACCCUCUGCUCUGCCCCUGGAGAGCUGCCCCAACCAGGGGUCCCCAGCCCCCGCCUCCCCGCCCAGCGACCCCCUGGUCCGGAAGCAGGUGGUGCAGGACCUGAUGGAGCAGAUGCAGGGAACGUACAACUUCAUGCAGGACUCCAUGCUGGAGUUUGAGGGACCGCCUCUUGACCCAGCCAUCGUAUCGGCCCAGCCGAUGAAGCCCCCUCAGAUUGUGGACAUGCCCCAGAUGGUCUGUCCGCCAGUGCGCACCGAGUCCCGCCUCUCGGCACCCAACGCCGUUCCUGUUCCAUCUGAGCCCACGCAAGUCCCCAUCGUCUCCCCUACACCCCCACCUAUGUACCAGACCCCCCACGCACAAGAGCCCAGGCCGUCAACUGAGUCCUUAGAAACCCUUCAGACCCCCUUGUCUUUGUCAGAGCAGGCCUCCACGGCCCUGUCCCCGGCCUCCCAGACGCAGGCGUUCCAGCCCGUCUCCAAGGCUCCCCACAGCAGUGGGAUCAACGUCAACGCCGCACCAUUCCAGUCCAUGCAGACAACUUGUCAGGUGUUCAACCUCAACGCCCCGAUCCCUCCGGCGAGUGAGACGGAGGCCUUGAACCAGGCCAGCCAAUACCAAAACAGCUACAGCCAGGGCUUCAGCAGCCAGGCCCCGCUCUCCGCGGAGCCCUCCGAGAUGCAGUCGGAACAGCUGCAGUCCGGUGAGCCCAACGAAGUCGGUGCCUUCCAUUCUCAAGACCAGUCGGGCGGCCAGCAGCUGCAGCAGGCCUCGCAGCAGGGCGCGGGCUUCAACCGCCAGGGGCAGUCCUUCUACAACAGCAGGGGCAUGGCUCGCGGCGGGCCCCGCAACGCCCGGGGCAUGAUGAACGGCUAUAGAGGCUCCUCCAACGGGUUCAGAGGUGGUUACAAUGACAAUUAUCGCACCCCCUUCCCCAAUACCGCUAACUCUGGAUACGGUCAGACUCAGUUCAACACGCCUCGGGACUACCCCAAUGGAAACUACCAACGGGACGGUUACCAACAGAACUACAAGCGGGGGGCAGGCCAGGGGCCCAGAGGAGCCCCCCGGGGUGGCGCUCAGGCCCUGCGCUCCUGAACUCCCUCUGAUAUUGACUGUGACUAACUUGCACCACACUGCAAAUUCAAAGAAUCAAAACGAUGUUUUGUUCCGGCUCAUUUAUGUUCAUUCUUUGUUUUUAAUCAGUGGUUGUUUCCUGGUUCUUUAUUGAGGUGUGUCCACGUUGACGGCAUAUAAUAUGAACGUUUAUAGGUUGAGUUUGAAAUGUAAAUCCAAUCAUGGGUUUUACGCUGGCCCACGUUCAAUGCUCCUGUAAACUUGAAAGAUUCAUUAAGUUAUUUUUUUGUAUGAAUAAAACACCUGCCACUGCUGGUCCAAACCUACAAAUUGUUUUCUCCCUUCUCAGCCCUUACUUUUAAUUUGUCUGUUUGGUUAUAAAGAACCUUUGUUAAUUUGAAUGGUUCCAUUUCUUUGUAAAUUGAUGUUGCUUCAAAAGUUUCAAUAAAGAUGUGUUGCAUA